CUAUUUUAAAAAUUAAUUAUGGAAUGUUCAAGUUUCUGAAUUGCUUGACAUACAUUGCUUUGCCAAUUCUGCAGAGGUUAAUUUCUCCAAGCGAGAAGCCAUGUCUUUACGUAAUUGUCUUUUCAAAGAUACUACAGCCGUGUUCAUAAUGUGAAUGAGGAAUUGCGCCAUCUCCGCAGUAAAACAAUCAUUUACAUCUAUUCUCUUUCCUUCCUUCUUUACCUCUCUUAGAUACGAAAAAAGAAAAUGAAUGAAUACGAUAAUCCCGAGUUUUUUGAAAAGUAUAGCCAAAUGGCUCGUUCCAAAUUUGGUCUUAGUAAAGCUGGUGAAUGGCAUGAAUUAAAAAAAAUGUUGCCGGAUUUCAAUGACAAAAGGGUUUUAGAUAUGGGAUGUGGUUAUGGGUGGCAUUGUAUUUAUGCUGCAGAACAUGGUGCAGCCAGUGUACUCGGUGUUGACUCCUCGGUAAAAAUGGUCUCAGAAGCUAGGUCAAGAACCGAUUCACCUAUUAUAAAGUAUACAGUCGAACGCAUAGAAGAAAUUGAUUAUCCCAUCGGUUCAUUUGAUGUUGUCAUAAGCUCUUUGGCUUUUCAUUACGUAGCUAGUUUUGAUGAUAUCGUCUUGAAGGUGAAGAAGCUUUUGGAUGGUGGUGGAGAUUUUGUAUUCUCAGUAGAAAAUCCUAUUUUUACAUCUUAUGGCACAGGUGAUUGGUAUUAUAAUGAAAAGGGCGAACCUUUACAUUGGCCCGUGGAUAACUAUUUCUCAGAGGGAAUAAGAAAAGCUAAUUUCUUGGGGACAGAUGUGUUCAAGUAUCAUAAGACAAUGAGCACUUAUAUCAAUACUCUCAUCAAGUAUGGAUUUACGAUUACUCAAGUCACCGAACCCCUUCCUCAAGACGACAUGAUUCAACAUAUGCCUAAUGAACUCCGAAGACCAAUGAUGCUGCUAAUUUCUGCCAAGAUAUAAUACAGCGACAUGUAGAUGUAUGAAUUGGCAAUAGAUAACUAAUUUUAAAUUUUUAUGUAUACAAGUUCGUGUCACCGACGAACGAUUAAUUAAAUAUACUAUUUUUCUGUUGCAUAAAAACAUUAAGGCUGAUUGAAUUAAUGAAUUAUUGGCCUGGGUAGUAGUAAGUUUACAAAUCGAUGUUUUAACUUUAUAGUAAUGCAAAUCUAAUAAAGUGAAGCGCAUGGGAUUAAAAUAA